AUGGCUCAAGGGUCGGAGCCUAUGUCUUCCAGCGAUGGCGGCUCUCAGUAUUCAGAUCCAUGGGUUGUUCGCGACAAAGAAGCCUUGAUGUCUGAACCAGAAUUGACGGUAUCACCAAAGCCUCAAACUCGGACAGGGAAAUGGUUGAGACUCAUGACAGCUGUCGCAUGCGUCAUUUCAAUAUUUUGCCUUGCUGCAGUCACUCUCAGUCAACAAGUCACAUCGCCAGCCAACAAAGAGGGCCAAAUAAAACAUCCCCAGCCAACAAAACCACCUACAAUACCUGAGGUCAUCAAGCACAAAGAUGAUAUCCCUACAACACCGCAACUUCGCGAUGCAGACGAGUAUACACUCUCACACUCAUGGAACUACGACGCGCCUCCAGCAACAAGAGAGUAUUUCUGGACCAUUAACACCGCGACACUCAACCCAGAUGGAGUUUACAGGCCUAUGCUGCUCAUCAACAACAAAUAUCCAGGACCACUGGUAGAGUGCAAUGAAGGCGAUACAAUUGUUGUUCAUGUCGAGAAUCGCGCUUCUAAUGCAACUGCUAUACAUUUCCAUGGCAUGUUCCAAAAUGGGACCAAUAAUAUGGAUGGCACUGUAGGCGUCACCCAGUGUCCUAUUGCACCAAAUUCGACCUUUACCUAUACAUUCCACGUCAAAGGUCAACAUGGGACGUACUACUAUCAUGGACACCAUGGUGCACAGGCAUCUGACGGCUUACUUGGUCCCAUGGUAGUCCAUUCAAAAAAAGAGAAAGACUUGCAAACUCUAGACUACUCAUCUGACAGAGUUGUGAUGGUUCAGGACCAUUACCACAAUCUUACUUCUGAGCUUCUCAUGGAGUAUCUUGCGCCUGAUCAAGAAAACAACGAGCCUGUUCCAGAUAAUGGUCUUAUCAACGGCCGCGGUGUCCGUGAUUGCGCCGACUUUGCAGGCUGGCCGUGUAACACCACAGAUAUUGCACUGCCAAAGAUCGACUUACCAGCUGGUCAACGGCACAGACUCCGCUUCAUCAACGUUGGAGCGUUCGCCGAGUUUCAGAUACAGAUUGAUGAGCAUCCUUUCUACGUUACUGAAGUCGACGGCACGGAUGUCCACCCAGAACCAAUUCAUCGUCUGAACAUCUCACCCGCACAGCGGUACAGUAUCGUUCUGGAAACAAACGUUACUUCCAGCUCGGUAUUUUGGAUGAGGGCUCGUAUGGUGACGCAUUGCUUCAAGAAUGAGAACGAACGGCUGCAGGCUGAGACAAGAGCCAUUGUUCGAUACACAGGUCAAGACAAGCAAUUGACCUUAGGGGAACCCACCAGCAAAGAAUGGCCGGAUGCCAUUGAAGUCAUCUGCAGAGAUCUGAACACCAGCGCACUUCGACCAGUUGAGGCUAUCUCACCACCUCCAGCAGAUGAAACAAUAAUCUUGCGCGCUAACUUUGAGAUCGGCGACUGGCGCCUGGCAAGAGGUUUCUUUAACGACUCAACAUGGCACCCGAAUACUACAUAUCCUUCACUCCACCGGUUUCUCGAUGCUGGUGUACACAGCACAUCUGCAAAGAAGCCAAUCACCGUCAAUGAACUAACAUUUGACCGCAGAAGGGAAUUAGUGCUGGAAACAAACGGUGUGAGGACGAUUGACAUAUCCAUAAACAAUUUCGACGACGGCGCUCAUCCUUUCCAUUUGCAUGGCCACAAGUUCUUUGUCUUGCUGCAAGGUAGAGACGGAUACCCACCUAGCCCGUCUGAGCUGCCGAAAUAUCUCAAAAAGCAUGGGCUGUUGGAGAACCCGCUCCGGAGGGAUACACUCACUGUGGAGGGCUACGCUUGGGCUGUUAUUCGUGUUGUGCUUGAUAAUCCUGGCUUGUGGGCUUUUCAUUGUCAUAAUCUUUGGCAUGCUGAGUCUGGGAUGGUGAUGCAGAUGUUGGUUCAACCUGAGGUUAUGAACAAGUGGACGAUUGCUGAGAAGAAUCGGGAGAUGUGUAUGUUGGAGGGUGUGACGGCUGGUAUGAGGCCCGAUGAUAGUAUUUGGUUUGGGCAGUUCAAAUAA